AUGGUAGACCGAACAGUCGUCAUCACUGGAGCUACUGGUCUUCUUGGCCGACAAGUGUCUCGUGUGUUCCGCAGAAAGGGAUGGAACGUCAAAGGUACUGGCUUCUCUCGAGCAGACGGUGUCGAUGUAUUGAAAGUAGACCUUGGUAACCCGAGUGAGAUUGAGAAGCUCCUUGAAGAGACAAAUCCCGAGGUCAUUGUUCACUGCGCGGCGGAGCGUUUCCCCGACAAAGUCGAAAAGGAUCCCGAAGGUGCCAGGAAACUCAACGUUUCGGCCACGUCGUCGCUGGCGCAAGCGGCGGCGGCCAAGGGCGCAUUCCUGAUCUACAUUUCUACCGACUACGUCUUUCCUGGAAGGCCCGGAGAAGCACCAUACGAGGCCGACUCUGAAACGAACCCGCCCAAUCUGUAUGGGCAGACAAAGCUGGACGGCGAAAAGGCGGUCCUGGCGGUGAAUGGCGGCAAAGCGGGAUCGGCGGUGGUACUGCGCGUCCCCGUUUUGUAUGGAUCAGCAGAGACACCGGCCGAGAGUGCCGUCAAUGUACUGCUCGACGGCGUCUGGAAGUCCCAGACUGAAGACAAAAAAAUUAAGAUGGACCACUGGGCUCCACGCUACCCGACCAAUACUGAAGAUGUCGGCCGAGUAUGUCAUGAUAUUGCGGAGCACUAUCUGCGUGCUUCUGACCGAGUCUCCCUACCAAAGAUUCUGCAGUUUUCUAGCGAGGACAGGAUGACCAAGUAUGAAAUGUGUCAAAAAUUUGCAGAGAUUAUGGGCUUGCCCUUGGACAACAUUGAGCCCGACACCAAAGGCAACGAUCCGAAUGCAAGCGUGCAGCGUCCAUACGAUACGCACCUGAGCACAAAGACGCUCAAGAGUCUCGACAUCAACCUGUCCACCUGCGACUUUACCGCGUGGUGGAGGCGCGAGCUGGGGGCGUUUCGCAAGUAA